AUACUUUGGCUUGUGGUUCUAGACUUUGUUAUGAACACGAAAACUUCGUAGAUAUAUCCUGUUUAUUAACGUUACCAGUUGUCCUGCACUCUUACUCUAUCCCGGAAUCAGUUUGCAAAAGUUGUUGAACUUUGUAGAUAGUUGUCAAUUGUGCUACGUAUUUCAUGUCCCUUCCAAAUUUUCUCUCCCUACGUAGUGCCGGAACAUGCACCAAUCGUCUUUACAUAGAGUUGUCUGGAGGAUUUUGAAGAGAACCUAUGUCUUGACAUUUCAGAGGCUCAUAAUGCUCAUUGCGAGGAUGCGAGUCUAGAGAUUACGCUUGGGCCUACAUAAAUUACUGCCUACAGCUUAGCCUGAAGUCAGAAAAUGCUUGGAGAACAUUGUGCCAUAUGCUCCUGUAAUUUGUGGUGAUCUACAGCCAUUGACUACUCGUAAGAAUUUCACAUGUCCACCGUCCAAUACCGAACAAUGCCCUACAGUUGAAUGCAGGCAGAAACGAGAAUGAGGGAUGUAGCAUUGCCAAACACCUCGGAAAUCGUAGCUUAGAAAUUAGGUUCCGUUUUGCCACCAGCAAUUAGGUGGCAUUUCUCGUCAAGAAUCAACCCAGAGUUCAUGUCUUUUCAACGAUGUCAUUGAUGGGUUCUCAGUUAGCUCAGAGACCUCGGUAAAAUACCUAGAAUCGAACUCAAACAACAGACGCUCUUGGCUACAACUUAUAGUUUCAUCCGCAAAAAGAAUAUGGAUGAAGGGGAUGAGAGGACCAGAUUGAGACACUGACAAGCUGCGCCUUGGCAAGACAACCUGCACAUUGAUUUCUAGUUGUUCGAUUUGAAGCAUGUAAUUUAAGUUAUUCAGGAUGGCUAUGGCGGUGGAUUUUUCAAUUUGCCUCGCACCAGCUCCUGUGACUACUCUUCGCGGUGUAGGAAGGCCAGAAGCAGCUGUAGUUCGAAGACCUGGAAGAAACCGGUCAUGCAGAGACACUGAUAAGGUAAUUGCGUUGCCGGAGUUCAAUUAUUUUGGAGGUUUCUUUUUUAGUCCUAAACAAAGUUUUUCUAGCUGUAAUUCAAGGCCUAGCGAAGUUCUGCGACAAGCUUCCAGUGGUGAAAAUUCGAGUGAUAUUGCGCCUGAAAGAGGGGACUUACUUCAAGACGAGUUGUUGGUUGAGAGACUGCCAAUCGGUGUAAUCCACAACAAGGGAGAUGUUGUUACUGGGAAGUACACUAUCAUUGGACUAUUUGGGCAGGGUGCCAUGGGUGUUACGUUUGAAGCCGAAAGAAGCGAUGGUGAGGUUGUAGCGUUGAAAGCCAUGUCUUUACGAAAUAUGAAGGGAUGGAAGGAACUUGAUCUUUUCGAAAGAGAGGCAAGAGUGCUCAAGUCGUUAAACCAUCCUGGUAUUCCAGCCUACAUCGAUUAUUUUCAGGUGGACACAAAAGACGAUCGUAUCUUCUAUAUAGCACAAAGAGCAGCAAAAGGGAAGUCUCUGGAAGAUCUGAUUACAGGUGGAUGGCGUGUCUCUGAGGAAAAAGUAAAAGACAUCGCAAUAGAGGUCUUGUCCGUGUUACAGUAUCUUGGAGAUUUGCGACCUCCUGUUAUCCACAGAGACAUUAAGCCAGAAAACAUUAUUUUGGAUAAAGAGACGGGGGAUGUGAAGGUUGUGGAUUUUGGGGCAGUUCAAGAUGUCGCGUCCUCAACGCUGAUUGGCAGCACAGUCGUGGGCACGUAUGGCUACAUGGCCCCGGAGCAGUUUCAGAACAGAGCGACACUUCAGACGGACCUAUACGGGCUGGGUGGUACAAUGCUGUACAUGCUUUCUGGACGUCCUCCGUCAUACUUUCCUCAGAGGCGUUUAAAAGUGGUAUUUCGUGAUCUCGUGACCAUGAGUCCCGAGCUUGCCAAUGUUAUCGAUCGGCUUCUGGAGCCUGCGCCGGAAGACCGGUUUCAGUCUGCUGGACAGGUGAUUCAAGCUCUUCAAGAAGAAAGUCGUGAGUCGUACUUGGUAUCUCCCGGUUUGAGCAAUAACUCAGCUCGAUAUGUUCAACAGACAAGUGCUGUUCGGAGACCGGCAGGAGCGCAAGUGGAACUGAAAAGGAGCUCAAACAUGCUGGAGGUAGCGAUCCCAGCACAUGGACUAACACAAGAGACAGCAGAGAGCGGCGCGUUUACUGUGGCAUGGAAUGCAUUCGUGGCUGUCUGGACGCGUUCAGCCAUGGCAGGAGGCGGUCCAGUCUUUGCCGCCUUUUCUCUCCCUUUCUGGUUUGUUGGUCUUAGGCUCGCUAAGAGAACUCUCUUCAGCACAGCAGUCGCCAUUAAGUUGGAGUUUGAUGGUCCAAAUUUUUCUAUCGAGUGGAGCAUCGGUACAAUGUGGAAGCAUAAAGUUGUUGGGGAAACUAAAAAUUUACGUUCAAUUGACGUCGUGGAGGAAAAAGUGCAGGAUCCUGAUCAGGGGUAUAGCAAACGUCUGGCCACAUCGUUGGUCUUGUAUGAAGGUUCAAAUAAACAUGAAUUUGGAUCUGGACUACAACCAGAGGAGCUAGAAUGGCUUCUGGCAGAAAUCAAGUCGCACUUACAACUUCCUAGUUAACCUCUCAGUUUGUGCAGUACUUACUGUAUUCAUUGAAAAGAAAAUUCCCAAAAGGGAUUAUUGAGGUUUCAUCUUCGAUGGAGUGCAUGUCCACUCGGGUUCUAUCGUAUCAUAUCCAUCAUUGUCUCAAA